UUCGUUGUCGCCGAUAACGGUUGGUAUGUUCAAAUCUUCGUAUCUACUUCUGGCCUGGAUACUGAACUAAGAAAGGUAUAGGAGAAAGAGGGAAACGAAAAAGGAGAAGAGCAAAGGUGCUUGGCAACGGAAUGACGGUGUUGCAGGAACCUGUCCAGGCUGCUGUUUGGCACGCUUUAAACCACUAUGCCUAUCGUGAUGCAGUUUUCCUGGCAGAAAGACUCUAUGCUGAAGUGCAUUCAGAGGAGGCUCUCUUUCUGUUAGCCACAUGCUACUACCGAUCAGGAAAGGCCUACAAGGCCUACCACCUCCUGAAGGGUCACAGCUGUACCACGCCGCAAUGCAAAUACCUCUUGGCCAAGUGCUGUGUAGAGCUCAGCAAACUUGCAGAGGGAGAACAGAUUCUGACUGGAGGUGUCCUGAAUAAACAGAAGAGUCAGGAUGACAUCGUCACAGAGUUCGGAGACUCUGCUUGCUUCACAUUGGCUCUGCUUGGUCAAAUCUACUGCAAAACAGACCGGCUUGCCAAAGGUUCAGAGUGUUAUCAGAAGAGCCUGAGUUUGAAUCCUUUCCUUUGGUCUCCCUUUGAGUCCCUCUGUCAAAUUGGAGAGCGGCCUGACCCAGAGCAGAUAUUCAAACUGACGUCCUUGCAAAACUUCAGCAGUGGGAGUGGAGGCGGAAUCAACCAGCCACCGAUCAGCCCUGCCCAUACACCCAGUCACAACCCAGCCCACCGCACAGUGGACAGCGUCCUCAUGGAGACACCACAGGACACCUUAGAGUUAAACCGCCUCAACCUGGAGUCAUCCAACACCAAGUACUCUACCCUGGGCACAGACUCGUCCAUGUCCUACAUAGACUCGUCUGUGAUCUCGCCCGACUCAGUGCCUCUGGGCACGGGCGGCUCGGUUCUCAGCAAGCAGCCGCAAAACAAGCCCAAGAGCGGCCGCAGUCUGCUGGGAGGCCCCGCCGCCCUCAGCCCCCUCACACCCAGUUUUGGUAUCCUGCCCCUGGAGCCCAGCCCGGGAGACCCCACGUACCUACAGAGCUAUGGUCACAGCGGCUCAGGGAUGGAGCCACCGCCUGCUGCAGGUCCACCAAAGAAGUCUGUCGCUCGAAUCAGCCAAGUUGGCACAAAGUCAGUGUUUGCACAGAGUGGGAACAGCAGAGAGGUCAUCCCCAUCCCCUUCAACCAGACCCAGACCACUGCCCCACAAACCAGUACCACACCUCAAGUGCUGAGCCCAACCAUCGCUGCACCACCUAAUGUGCAGCCAAGGAGAAGCUCCAGACUCUUCACCAGUGCCAGUUCUACUGCCAAGGAGAACAGCAAGAAGCUAAAAAUGAAGUUUCCUACGAAGAUCCCCAACCGGAAGACCAAGACUAAGACAGGUAAGGGGGGCAUCACGCCCUCCAACCUGAACGAAAGCAUCGAGCUGCUCAAACUCGACUCCUCCCUCUCUGAAGGCAAGGGCUGCCUGGGCUCCUCCCAGCUGCAGGCUUUCACCCUGCAGAAGGCUGCUGCAGAUGGACUGAUGAGCCUGAUGCGGGACAUUGGGCGAGGCUAUGUGGCGCUCUGCUCUUACAACUGCAAAGAGGCCAUCAACAUUCUGAGCCAGCUGCCAACUCACCACUACAACACCGGCUGGGUCCUGAGCCAGAUUGGACGCGCACACUUCGAGCUGGCCGAGUACGCGCAGGCGGAGCGGAUUUUCUCGGAGGUGCGGCGGAUUGAGAGCUAUCGCGUGGAGGGCAUGGAGAUCUACUCCACCACUCUGUGGCACUUGCAGAAGGACGUGGCACUCUCUGCCCUGUCCAAAGACCUCACUGACAUGGACAAGAACUCACCUGAGCCUUGGUGUGUAGCGGGUAACUGUUUCAGUCUUCAGCGGGAACAUGACAUCGCCAUUAAGUUCUUCACGCGGGCAAUCCAGGUGGACCCCAGCUUUGCAUAUGCUUACACACUCCUGGGCCACGAGCUGGUGCUGACGGAAGAGCUGGAGAAAGCGCUGGGGUGCUUCCGUAACGCCAUCCGCCUCAACACACGCCACUACAAUGCCUGGUAUGGCUUAGGUAUGAUCUACUACAAGCAGGAGAAGUUCAACCUGGCAGAGAUCCACUUUAAGAAGGCCCUAAGCAUCAAUCCUCAGAGUUCAGUGCUGUUGUGCCAUAUUGGAGUGGUACAACACGCACUUAAGAAAUCUGAUCACGCCUUGGAGACCCUGAACAGAGCAAUCAGUAUCGACCCCAAAAACCCACUAUGCAAAUUUCACAGGGCAUCCAUUCUCUUCGCGAAUGAGAAGUACAAGGCUGCUCUACAGGAACUGGAGGAGCUGAAACAGAUUGUGCCCAAAGAGUCUCUUGUUUACUUUUUAAUAGGAAAGGUCUAUAAGAAGCUCGGUCAGACUCAUCUGGCACUCAUGAACUUCUCCUGGGCCAUGGACCUGGACCCCAAAGGGGCCAACAACCAGAUCAAAGAGGCCAUAGACAAAAGAUACCUCCCAGAUGACGAGGAGCCUGUCAUCCCUGAGGACUACCCCUACUAUUCAACUGAGGAGUCGCAAGAGAGCAGCAUGACUGACGCAGACGAUACGCAGCUGCACACGGCCGAGAGCGAUGAGGUCCUGUAACCCUCGCACACCUCUGGACUCACUCGUACCCAUGCCAAUCUGGAGCCCCCCAACAAAAGGCUCCUCUAUUACAAGAUGAAAAAAAAAGAGGAAGAUGAUGAUAAUGAUGAAAAAAGGAAUACAAACUGCUGCUAAUACAGUACCUCCUCGUUUCUCUCUUUUUUUAAGAAAAACAAAAAAAACAAAAUCACAUCUUUGUUUUUUUAUGUUUGCGUUCUUCACCCUGUUGUCUCCUCUCUCCCUCCAUCAUGCCUUAGCAGUCAAAGAAAAUCCAGCUCCAAGUCUGAACGUUCAAUUUUUACAUUGUUUUACUCACGUUAACCCUGAAUAAAGGUCUCUGUAAGAGUCUUUAGUCCUGAGUCCUCUCCCUACUCUACUGUGCUGAAUGUGUGUGUGUGUGUGUGUGUGUGUGUGUGUGUGUGUGUGUGUGUGUGUGUGUGUGUGUGUGUGUGUGUGUGUGUGUGUGUGUGUGUGUGUGUGUGUGUGUGUGUGUGUGUGUGUGUGUGUGUGUGUGUGUGUGUGUGUGUGUGUAGGGGGGAGAGGAUAAACAAGCACAUGGUCGUAAAACUCUUCCUGAGAGAUGCUGGGGCAUGUGUUCUGUCCCAUCUCAGGGCCAUACGCAGACUGAGAGGUCAUGGCAAGGAUUCACUCUACCUGGUUGUGAAUUCACAAAUGUUCAAACAACUAGUCUUGGUUACCUAAAAGAAGUACAAUAAAGUGAAGUAUUUAACCAUGUUGUGUAUCAAACAAGAUUUUUUUUUUUUAAUUGAGGAACCGUUCAUCUAUCUUGCUCAAGGUGACUUAUGUUGUUUACCCUGUUAUCGUCCUGUUGUUCCCUCAUUCAAAUUGAGCAUUUUAAACCUAGCCUUCCCACCACAAUUGUCAGAUAAGUCCAUUUUAAUUGGUAUUCCUCAAAACUUCUAGCAUGUUUCUAAAUAUAAUUUCUCCAGAUUGACAAAUACCUGAACAUAUAGGGGAUGAUCCAUUCAUCUGUAUAUUUUUGAAUAUUUGAUAAUCUGUGAAAGAAAAACGGCAGUACGGUAUUUCUGUGUUGAAUUGUUUGUAACUCAUUUCAGGCCUUUUGUGUUCCUGACCAACUAACUGAAAGUGAAACCUACGCCCACCUUACUCCUCAUGAACACUCAUUUUUUCCCUUCAAGGUGGCAGAAAGUAACAAAAAUGUUUCUGUAAACAAACCCUGGUACCUGGCAUAAGUGACCAGUGAUCUGAGAAAAGCAGAAAUGUCCAUUUUUACUGAACCAUGUGGUGCUGUAAAGCACAAUGUGAGAAAGCUUCUGACUUGUGCACACCAAGUUUUUUUUCCUAAUGUUUUAUUUUGCAAGUGCAUUGAUGUCUUACUUUGAAAUUGUACUGUCUUAGGGGAUAUGCCUGUUAUUGUAUAUUUUACGGAUUUAAAAAAAUAUAUAGAAUAAAUUACUUUGAUCAAAGUUA